GAGUAGAGUAGGAAGGGAAGUGUGUAGGGGUAGUGGAGGAGGACGAAUCUGUAGAGGGGACCAUGGUAUCUCGGUCAGUAGGGGGGAGGCUAUAGAGUGUCAAGGUUAUAACCAUGACACUUAGUUCCCUAGGGACGCAGUGGUCCAAUAGGGUUGACCUUGGGCCUCCAUGCAUGGACAAGACUCUGGAUCCAAGUGGAAGCAAAACCAUGAGCUCUUCCUCCGAGAAUAGGUGGCGUGUGGUGCUUCACCUAGAUGCAGACUGCUUCUACGCACAGGUGGAGGAGUUGAACCGGCCGGAGCUACGAGAACGCCCUCUAGGCAUCACUCAAAAGCAGCUGGUUGUCACCUGCAACUAUGUGGCACGGCGGCUUGGAGUCCCGAAGAUGGCGUUGGUUGAUGAGGCGAAAAGAAGGUGUCCCGAUCUGGUUCUGAUCAAUGGUGAGGAUUUGUCCCCAUAUCGGCGUGCGAGCAAAAGAAUCCUUGCAGUGCUGCAGCGCUUUGGAGUCGUGGAGAGGCUGGGCUUAGACGAGGCAUAUAUUGACGUAAGUGACGAAGCGUACAAGCGCUAUGUUGAGGAGAUGCCACGAUACUUGGCCGAUCCUACCAUCAGAGAGAGCAGCCGAUUUGUUGGCCAUGUCCAUGGCUACGGAGAGAACCCCAGACUGGUUGCUGUAUCUCAGCAAUGGUAUGGCGAUUCUGAUUGUGUUGAUAUGCCAGCAUCUUGUAGUGGAAGGGAUGCCCUCUCCUGUGCACAGAGGCCUGUUGCAAAAGAAGAAAACUUUUUGUCUGUUUCUGCCAACUCGACGACCAGAGAUAAUGGAGACCUACAAAGGCGUGGAGAAGAUGAGGCUCGAUAUGAGCAUGAAGGGGGGGUGGCCAUGGAGUCGUAUGCAAGACAAGAUCCGGCUGGCGGAAUCAGGCUCAGCAACAACAGUAGGAAUGUGUGUGCCAUGAUGCACCCUGUUGAUUGCAGAUUGCCGGAUGAGGAGUUGAAGAGCUUAUUUCUGCUUAUGUUGGGAAGCCAUCUUGCUGCAGAGACGAGGAGUGCAGUCGAGACAGAAACAGGAUUUAAAUUGUCUGGCGGGAUUGCACACAAUAAAAUGUUGGCGAAAAUAGCGUGCAAUCUUCACAAGCCAAACGCACAGACAACCAUGCCUGAGUCAGCUGUUGCGGAGUUCAUUGCAAGCUUGCCUGUCCGCAAGUUGUUUGGAGUUGGAUCACGCUUGGAAAUGACCCUAAAGGAAUUGGGCCUCUACACGGCAUCGGAUGUUCGGCUCUGGUCACUUGGAGACCUCCAAAGAAAAUUUGGUGAGCGGGUGGGUGACCAGCUGUUCAACUCGUGCAGAGGUAUUGAUCGGUCUGAAGUUAAGGACAAGGGGCCUCUGAAGUCUUUGUCAGUAGAAGAUUCUUGCCGAUCUUGUACAACCAUGCAGCAGGCAGAGUCAAUGGUGCGCCUCAUGGCCCCAGGUUUGCUUGCACGGAUUGAAGAGGACCGGGAAGAUACAGGCAGAGUACCUAGGACUUUUGUCGUGAAGUGGCGGCAAAAGGGCCAACGUUGGGGGAAGGCUGCAUCUCUAUCAUGCACUCUGCCAUGCGAGCUUGCAGGGAGUAUGGUUUCAAGUGCUGGAAAGCGGGAUGCGAUUGUCCAGGCGGCUAUGGCGCUCCUCUCCAGGGGAUUGAAAAACACUGAGUUUUGCCUUCUAACCAUCAAUAUAGGGGUUACCUGCUUCAUUCCCCGGCCUUCAGUCGGCUCUUGCGGGGGUGUCCAGGCAGGUUCCCCCAAGAGAUUCCGGUGCUUGCCGCCUUUCUCCUUUCAGAGAACUCAUCACUCGGCAGAACCCCAAUCAGAAGGCAUUGAUGAUUUCACUGAGCGCAAAGAACAGCCCAACGGCGCAGCUGUGCCAGAGGGCUUCAAGCCCAACUGUCCACAGGGUGUCAGUGGAAAGUAUGACAACAUCAUCGACAGGGCUGUGAAUGCUCGUCGAAGCCAAUGGAGGAGUAUGCCAAGUACAGUUAAGGGCACGACUCCCGCCCUACGGGACCUGGAGGGAGGACAACAAGAUUAUCUCAUGAAGAUAGGUGGUGAUCCAGAAGAGCAGAGUCCUGAACCUGUUGAGGAGGAUUGUGAUGAUGGUAAUGACGACACCUGGCAAGAUCUUGCUAGCACAUGGGCCAAGGAAUCGUCGGUGCCUGUUGGGCAGCGAAAGCAGCAGCGGCAGCAAUGGCCUCUCUCAAAUCAACCUCACACUCUUGAAGUAUAUGCACCGGUCCAAGACAAGUCUAAACGACUACGAGGAGACGAACAGCCGCAAUGGAGACAGCAGCAGCAGCGACGAGCACGAGCUGUGCAGACACCGAUCAGCAGCUGGGUGGUCCGGGGUGGUGGCAGCAUUCCUGCUACUGUUUCACCAAUCGCACAGGAGCAUGCAGUGUCGCAAGUGUCGUGUUGUGCAGCUAUCGUGGAUGCAGGGGGGUGUGAGAGUCGGUUGCCGCUGCAAAAGCAGGCAAGUCCCAAGGGAUGGGUAGUGAAGAACCCUGGGGGUGCUGUUCUUCCUUCAUCACCAGGGAAGGCCAACAUGAAGCCGGUGGAAUCGUCGAAAAAGGGUGAUAUACGGUGCUUGUUCUCCAGGCAGUCCGGGAGUGGAGAUGCAAGCGGCCUAACUGAGUCAUGCCAUGAAACGUCUAUUUCGUCCCUCGAGGGUUAUGACUUCCCUGAUUCAUCCCAUCUGCCGCUCGAAGGGUCAGCAGACCAUUUUGCACCAGCUUUGAAAAAGGCUCAGGAGGAAGCAGAAAAUGCCAUGGAACGAAAAGAUAAAGUCAGUACGGCAGCAAACUGCUUACCUCCGGUUGAGUGCGAAAGGACACGCAAAAGCAACCCUUUUGAGGAGAUCGAUUACAUUGAUCUGAAAAGCCAUUUUCUUCCAGCUUUCUCUGAUGCUACCAAUGACCAUGAUGCUAAUGAGCCAAAUCAAGCCAGUGCUCAUCACGAAGACAACAACGAACAACGUAAAGAGCCCUUUUCACCGGCGGUCGACGGUGAGGUGCGGAGCAUCAGGGACACACAGGAGGAGGCACAAGCUUUUGAACAUCGACAACCGUUUGGCGAGCUUCAUGAGUGCUAUGGGGGGGAAGGAUGUGCGAACCUGUUUGAUCCCAUCAGUGAAGAAGGGAGCCAAGAAGGGCUUCAUUCUGCUUCAGUGCAUCUCCCUAGAGUGCACCCCCAAGAAGUGGGCAAGUCAAAGGCCCCUGGCCUGGGUAAAACAAAGCCGAUGCAUCAUGAUUCCAUCCCGGCAACGUACGAAGCAGCUUUGUGCAAUGGUAGAGCUUACUGUUCCCCGUCUCCUUGCUUUCAUGACGAGGAGGGGGAUUCCCGGAUGAAUGCGAGUGUGGGCAGUGAAUCCCGAACGAUAAGUGGUUUAGACAAGUCGGUGCAGGGCGUUGACCCAGAAGAAGGAGACGGUCAUAAACGGACGGUGUUUUGUCGAGUGUCGAGGGAUCAUCGAGGACCUGGUCCACACGUCGGAGAGGAGCGUGAGGAGACGGAGACACGCCCUCUUGAUGAACAUUGGAUAGAAAGGGAUGACACGGUCGAUGGCAAGGAGUUUGGCGUCCACAAAGAGUCGGAACUUCACGAGUCGAGUGGCAGCCUGAGGCUUAUCCAAUGUGAGCAAUGCGGGGCGAAAAUCUCUGACGAUCCUGCGGCGGUCUUAGAGCACUCAGACUUCCAUUUUGCUCUCCGUCUGCAGAACGGCGACGAGCGCGGCGUGGCAUUGCCCGGUGAUGCGCAACAAAAAUCUGGGCAAUCGAGAUCAUCGACAAGCAUAUUGCCAAAGCAAGGGACGAGUUGCAAGGGAGGCGGGAUCCAGCAUAGCAGAUCUAGCCGCCGCCGACAGGAAGGAAAACCGAAGGUAACAGGAGCUCUAGACAGGUUUGUGGUUCGCUCUACCAGGAAACAUAUUGGUUGACGUACAUAUAUUUGCCCAAUGGGGGAUGGAACCCCCAAGA